CGGCGUUCUGACUACAGACGUACUAUAUAUGUUGUACACAGUCGUCGUCUCGUUCAUUGUUAUGUUAUUGUCCCGCCCGUUGGUCGCCGCGUCGUUGUCAUUGCUUAGCGUUGGUAUCUUAAUAUUCUGUUCCCGGUCCACAACCGUUUUUGAUUUCGUGACUCUGAUUGUUAAAUGUGUUGAGUGAGUUCCGAGUGUAUCAGAACUCGACAGACGAACAACGCUUAACCCUUACUUGUCCCGCCGACGAGUCUGUACUUCAGUAGUCGCCAUUGACGGUCGACCGCUAUUGCACUUCGCGCGGUGCGCCUGUACUCGACCGUAAAGUUUCAUUUUCCAGUCUUGCACGUUUUCAUUUCGCUUAUUUUGUAUUCGUUAUUCGUUAUCGAUAACUGUUACUCUUCACUCUUCAGUCGGUGUGUUUUUAUUUCGAAGGUCGGAGUUAAACGUGAAUCUAUCAUUGCCACAGCAUUCGUUCUGCACGGACUGACGAAAAUGGAAUGUCCAUCGACCAGCUCGUAUACCAGUAGCGAUGAGGAAUACGAAGGAUCCGAGACAAGUUCAGAUGAUAUUGACGAGCAAGGAAUUAUAGAUAAAUCAAGAGAUGUUUAUCAGAGAACUGCCUGGAAUAAAUUGCAUGUGGCAGUUUUUUACUUAGUGUACAAAGUUAAUGGUGUUAAUAUUGGAACUGUGCAAAAAGAGUUAUUACAGCUAAAUAUGAAAAGAGCUAAUAAUAUGUUUUCUCAGCUUAUUAUUCAAAAACAACUGACUUCAACCAAAGAUACUCAUGUUUAUGCAACUUUAAUUUCUGUCAUAAACCUUGUACUUCCAGAAGUAGGAGAAUUAGUUUUGAAAAGAUGUUAUAAGAACUUCAAAAGUUCUUAUUUUAGUAAUGUAGUAUCAGAUUGUAUAGCUUCUACAAUGUUCAUUGGACAUUUGGUUAACCAUGGGGUUGCUGAUGAAAAAGUGGCAGUAGAAUUAUUAACAAUUUUCUUUCAUUGCGGAGAUUCAUUAGCUAUUAAAAUAGCUAUUGUAAUUUUGGAAGUAUGUGGUAAAAAAUUAAGCCAAAUCCAUGAAGAUACUUUGAAUGUAGUAUUUGAUCGGGUAUGCAAAUUGUUGAAUAAUGAAGAACUUUACGAAGAGGAUGCAAAUGAACUGAAAAAGAUAUUGAAAUUACAAAAAAAUGGAUUUAAGUUUCAACAAUUUGAUUUAGUACCAGCCAAUGAGUGUCAAGUCGCUCAUUGUGUAUCUAUACACUCAAUUUUAUCUACUAAAUCAAAUAAAAUAGGUUACCGCUAUGAUCCCGAAUUCGAACUUAAUGAAGAAAUGUAUAAGAAUUUAGUAUUAACAUUACAAGGAUAUGAUAAUGAAGAAGAAAGUGAAUUGGAAUCUGUAAAUGAUUUUAAUAAUCAAUUUGAUGGUGAAAAAGAAUUGAUCGAAGUAAUGAAAUAUAUUAAUGACAUAGAAAAAGACAAAAACAUGUUAUCAUUAAAAAAAAUGUGUCUAAAAAAAGUUAUAAGCCUUAUAAACUCAAUGAAUUGUGCGGAGCUUGUACCAAAAAUUGCAAAACAUUGUCAAGGUGACAUGGAUUUAUAUUUUUCACUAUUGGAUAUAUGUUGUGAACAAGCAACGUAUGAACCGAAAUAUGGUCUAAUCACAAAAGAAUUUUGUUGUUUGAAUAAGAGUUUUGCAGAUAUGAUAAAAAUUACUUUUAUAUAUUGUUAUGUCACUAGUGACAGUUUUGCAUCAAAUAGAGCAGAAAUUAUUGCAAAAUAUUUUGCUCAUAUAGCAUAUUUAAAUUUAAUACCAUGUCCACUUUCUGUCUUACUGCGUGGAAGAUCUAUUUAUCCUAAGCAUAGCUAUUCUAAAAUGUUUAAUCAAGAACUCAAUAACAGAAGAAAAAAUUGGAAAAAAAAAAUCUCUCUUACCCAAUUAAGAUUUCAUCUUGAACUACUGGAGUUACGCUCUUCUGAUCGAUUAUAAUAGGAGUUACUAAUAUUUGUUUCAUGUAUACGAACAAUUUAUACAAAAUUUUUUUUAAUAAUCAUUGUAAUUAUAAUUAACCUUUGUUUUAAUAAUUACUGCAGUAUAGUUAAAUAGUAAUUAAUAUAAAAAGUGUUUUAUAUUAUGACAGGAUUUUAUUUUUGUUAAUCUUCAAAUAAUAAUUAAUCUUCUAUUUGUUCAUUGUGAUAGGAUUUAUUAACAUUUGUUUUACGAUUUUAAACCAUUAAUUAAAAAUAUUUGUAAAUUAUCAUUGUACUUAAAAUUAUUCCUUAUCAAGUAUUUACUGCAGUAUAAUGCAAUAUUAAGUACUUAAUAUAAAAAGUUUUUUAUUGGAAGACAUUAAUUUUUUAGGUUAUUUUUUGACAAUUUUUAAAGAAUAAUUCAUCUUUCAAUGCGCUCCCCUCUCAUUCACAAUUUCCAUCACUUAUUUGUACAUUGUAACUUUUUUAUAAAAAAUUUAUGUAACCUAUUUAUUGUUUAUUACUACCUUCAA